CACAAUUAGACCUUCAUAUAGUUUUGAUUGAAUAAAAAGAAUUGGUUGACUGGUUGAUACACAUAUGAUGUAUUCCGUGCCUUGUUAAGAAAAUAUUACAAUGGAAAAAAUGCUAUAUGUAUAUGUAUGACCAUUUUGAGCCUCAUUAACCGGAAAGUUUUCUAACCCUUAGUUGAUUGCCGAUCGCACGAAAUCUGCAUCCCACUGAGCACAUGCAAGCCUCUUAUGUCCAUGCUAAACCUCAUGCUACGCCCCAGGGCCAUGACAAACUAUCAGAGAGCCCAAUUUAGAAACACAUAUUGCGGCAUUGAUAAUAAUGCUAAAGAGCUCGUGCACAGGGCUUUAGUCUGCUGCCCGAGGAUUCAGAGUUGGGAUCUACCAGAUACAAGCGUCUGCGGGCAGAGUCCUCCUACUCCUUAUAUUGUGGGUGGCUAUGAGGCACUACCGAACGAGUUUCCCUGGACUUCCCUGCUGCUCUACAAAACUGACGUACCCUCGCUUCGGGACAGGCGUCCCCCUAUUUGUGCGGGCUCCUUGAUCACGAACCGCUAUGUCCUGACGGCAGCCCAUUGUUUGGAGGUAAAUAACUUCACUGUCACAGAAGUGCGCCUCGGCGCUCACUUUAUAUCGACAAGUUCUGACAAGACGGAAAGCGAGCAAAAAAAAGGCGCUCCAACGCACCUGGACAUCAAAGUGAGUCUGAGCAUCAAGCACGAACAGUACUACCCGAUCAAUGGAAGGUACCACUACAACGACAUUGCUCUGUUGCGACUCGAAAGUUGGGUAGCAUAUACCACUAACAUCAAACCCAUAUGUAUCAGUCCUGACUUUGAAUUAGCAUACUCCUCUUUUGAAAACCGGUCUUUGAAAAUUGCUGGCUGGGGCAGUUACGGUGGGCCGGGCUACAGCUCAGUAUUGCUGUCCGGCACCAUCAUUGGAAUGAAUAUGGAAAAUUGCUCAAGUCGGUUUCCCAGCCUAGGAAUCCUCGAUAAGGACAUCCAGAUAUGUGCCAUGGGACAGCAUGGCACCGACACCGGACGCGGCGAUUCCGGUGGCCCGCUGAUGCUCUCAGUGGGACGGGACGUUCAUCAAUUUUAUUACCUAGCCGGAAUAACCUCCUACGGAGGAGGUCCUCCGUAUGGAAGUGGACCAGCGAUUUACACAAAGACUUCUUCAUUUUUUCGUUGGAUAACGGAUAAAAUAUACGAGACCGAAAAAGCAGCACACAAAACUAAUUUAAUUACAAGAUAUUAA